GCGUGGGGAUGGGAUGUGGCAGCUCCGCGGAACCUCCGCCUGGGUGGCCGCGGGAGCCCCUGGGCUCCGAGCAGCCGGCGCCCCACGCCCGGGGGCAGGAGCUCCCCAGGUGCCACUGAGCGGCCAUGGAGGAGUCCACGCGACUGGGUUACUGCAUCGUGGCAGGCAGCUUCGUGGCCUUCCAGUUCUUCUUCUCCGCUGUCAGCCCCCAGCUCUCGCUGGCGCUCAGUCGCCACUACAGCAGUCUGACUGCUGUCAAAAAGUGCGAGUGGAACUCCAGGUGUGUCUCCACUCUGCAUGCGCUCAUCGUCGGCCUCUUCUGCCUCUACAUCCUCUUCUUCGAUGAAGCCAUUAACGCCAACCCCAUCUGGGGGGACCCUGACCUGGUGAAAUUCAACGUGGCCAUCUCCUGCGGGUACCUGCUCUACGAUUUGCUGCUUCUCCUGCGCUACUGGAAGACGCUGGGCGACUCCCUGUUCGUUUGCCACCACUUGGUGGCGCUGUACGCCUACGGCUACGUGCUGAGUCGAGGGGUGCUGCCCUAUUUCGCCAACUUCCGCCUCCUGUCCGAGCUCUCCACCCCAUUUGUCAACCUGCGGUGGUUCUUUGACACCGUGGGGCAGCCCCGCUCCUCCUGGUUCGUCCUAGCCAAUGGCCUGGCCAUGACCGUGGUCUUCUUCCUGGUGCGCAUCGCUGUCAUCCCCAGCUACUACGCCCGCAUGCUGGCCUGGUACGGCACGCCCGAGUACGCCCGCCUGGGGCUCGCCGUGCAGGUGGCCUGGAUCGUGCCCAGCCUGGCCCUGGAGGUCCUCAACCUGGUCUGGAUGUACAAGAUUAUCCGGGGCUUCUACCGGGCCUUCUGCCGGCCCCGAGAGCAUAAGCUGGCCUGCGGCCACGGCGACUAAAUGGGAGCUGGACUUCCCCAGGGGGCACGGCCGGGGCGCCCCAAAGCUCCUGGCAGAGAUGGACGAUCCACUCCACUUCCCAUCAGAGCCCAGAGCAACAGGAAUACCUGGCUUGGCACGUGCCGCCAGGCACCCGGACUGACCCCCCACUGAGUGCCAGGCACGUGCGGGCACCUAGGAAACUCAUGGACAUCACAGACUGGCAUAUGCCCCAGGCACCCAGGAAAUCCAUGGGGCACCGGGACUGGCACUGAACACGGGACGUCUGGACUGGCCCACGCCCCUGGCUGGGAGCCCGGUGGGGCCCAUCUGUGGGGCUGGCAGUGCCCCUCGCAGGGGACUAAGGCUGUCCAACCCCCAGCUAGGGGUGUCUUUGGUGGGGGGCCUGCGUGUCCAUGCAUAAGGGGCGCAGAGGCUCCAGGCAGGUGUGGGGUCCCACGGGGCAGGGGCAAAGCGGGGAGCUAUGGUAGGGCCACGUUGCUGCUUCAUGAACAGCUUCCCCAGGCCCCCGCGCCCCCUCCCACUCCUGCAAAAAGUGGGAGGAACCCCACACUACUGGGCUGGAGAGUUGGGGGAGCAGGACCCAUCUGCACUGAACCCCCAAGGGCCAAGGGUUCUACAUAGCUUUUGAGGACACCCCUGUGCCCCAGGAUCCUGCAGUCUGACCCUGGCCCCUCCCUCCCAGAUGCUUCCUGGCCCAUAGCACCCUCCAUCCAUAAAGCUCUGACCCCUGCCCGACCAGACGGGGCAGCGUUCUGGGGCUGAUCCUGCUGUGGCUGGAGGAGCUGGGAGGGCACACAGGUCCCAGCAGGGGUGUCUCUACCACAGGUCAGCCCCCAGCUAAACCUACCACUGGGGCCCCAGAAAACGGGGUUCUAGUCCCUGCCUCUGUGCCUCAGUUUCCCUGUCUGUCAAAGGGGGACAAUGCCCCUUCAUCCGUGCCUUCUCUCUUCAGAGUGGGAGCUUUUCAGGGCAAGCCUGUCCCUCACUCUGUAUCUGUGCAGUGCCCGGCAUGGCCAGGGCCCCCAAUCUCAGCCUGGGCAGCUCCCAGCACGGCCGGGGGCCCCCGAUCUCGGCCAGGCCCGGACAGCGCCCCUUGAUCUCCCUCUAGGCAUUUCCAUGCACCCAGUGACACUCUGAAGUAGCCUCGUGCGGCAGGUCUCACUCCGGUCGGCGCCGAGAUCGGGGGUUUUGGACGAUUUCCAGUGGAGAAUCUCAAACCACUUCUCGAUCCCUUGUUUCAUGACUGACAUUUCUGCCCUAGUGAGGAAUUAACCCUCCCCCCUUGAUACUAAUUUAUUAACCCCAACCCCCCCCCACUGGCUCACCCCGAAACCAGGCUGGACUCUGACCUCUCCGGCCACGUUUGUCUCCAGUGUCUGUCUGUCAGGGGAGGGGCGGGACCCACAGUGGGGGUGUCGGCUGUCCCCAGCUUUGCCACUGGCCGGCUGGGUGACUCUGCAUAAGUCACUGCCCAUUCUGUGCCUCAGUUUCCCCCUCACCCUUUGUUUAGAUUGUGAGCUUGUUGGGGCAGGUACUGUAUUUCAUUCUGGGUGUGGGCAGCCCCUGGCACAAUGAGGGGCCCCCGAUCUCUCAGCUGGGGUCUGGGUGGCCCCUGUCACAAUGGGAGCAUCCCAGUAUCUCAGCUGGGGUCUGGAUAGCCCCUGGCACAGUGGGAGCACCCCGAUAGCUCAGCCAGGAUCUGGGCAGCCUCCAGCACAAGGGGGCCCCAAUCUUGGUUAUGGUCUCUAAGGACAGUAGGACCAGUCAGUAAUACACCAAAUUGCACCAGCUGACAAUCUGGGCGUGAAGUUACACCAGAAUCUUCCCCACCUGCGACCCCUCCAGGCCUGGCUGUCGAUUGCCCCUGAGUAACAGCGGGCGCCCUGGGCUGCCGGGUGCAGGGCUGGCCUGGAGCAUUUACCCUGGCACACAUAUGUCCCCUUGGGCUGGUCUGCACCAGAGCCCAGCCGUGAACUCAAACCCGCCUCCCUGGGCCCGAUGCUGGGGGAUUCUCCCGCCAGUUCUCUGGAGGUCGAGGGGGGCGACCGUGCUGCCCAGUGCCAGCUCAAACCUGGCAUUUCGUACCCCCCACCCCAAACACCUGCAUCCCCGUCGGCCCACACCCUGCAGAGCAGCUCCCAGGCUCCCGCUGCCACACCCCCCCUGGGGGCCCGGCAGGAGAAAGGGGGAGGGGCAGUUGGAGGGACGUGGCACGAAUUGUGGGGGCUCAGGUUUGCCAUUGCGGCGAGGUCAUUCUCCCGACUUGUGGCACUGUUCUCGCAAGGGGCAGGUUCCCCAUCUGAGGCCUGUCUCUCAUCCUCCCCUCCCCGGCUUGUGAUCACUAAACGGGGCAGGGGCCUUGGAAGUGACAAUAAACAGGAUUUCGUUUAUGA